AUGGCGGCUUUCCUGCGAGGCAAGCAGACGGGCAUGCAAAAUGACUUGUCCGCGAGCAUCAGACCCGAGCUAUUCCUGCCUGACGACCAAGCCAGAUACGGGAUAAAUUCCCAAAUAAGCUGCUACGCAUACGAGCCCGUCCAGUCCCUCCUAGCCAUCGGAACCAGCGAGACCAAGUUCGGCCCCGGAAAGAUAUACGUCUUUGGCCAGCGCCGUGUCCAAAAGAUCCUCCAGCCUCCCCGAAACACUUCCUUCCGCAUCCUACAGUUCUGCGCGAACCGCCUCGUCAGUGUCGAUGCCAAAAAUGAGCUGGGAGUCUGGGAUCUCGAUACGGGCGACCGAGUUGCCGCCAUGGUUGUCGCUGGUCAGGUCGCCUGUCUCCUGACAGAUCCCAUGCUGGAUUGGGCCUUUAUUGGCUUGCAGAAUGGCGACGUAAUGGCCUUUGACCUUGAUCGAGGAAGCUUAGCUCGAUCUUUCCGCCUGCCCAAUUUCUGGAAGGAGAAGGACCCCAGCGCAAAGAUCUCCAACCUUGUGUCCAUGUCGCUUCACCCUCGAGACGUCGGGAAGCUGCUGUUGGCCUACACCAACGGAGCCGUCUCCUACUCGUUCAAGCAGAACCGAGCUGUGCAAUUCUACGAAUACGUCCUCCCAGCGGGUGCUCCGGGAGGCAACGGCGUGGCUGCCGACACAGUCCGAAAGCCAAGAGUCACACACGCCUUGUGGCAUCCCUCAGGAACCUUCAUUUUGACCGCUCAUGAAGAUGGAAGUCUGGUUUUCUGGGAUCCCAAGGAGGAAAAGGUCAUUAUGGCCAGGACACUUACUGAGUUCAAUGUCAACCAGCCAUCACCCGAUGUGUCUCCGUCCUUGAACGAGCCCAUCAUCAAGAUUGCCUGGUGCUGCAAGGAGAACUGUGACGACAGUGGUCUGCUGAUCGCGGGUGGACAAAAGCCCGACGCAUCGCCCAAAGGCCUGACCUUUAUUGAUCUUGGACAGACGCCGGUUUAUGCCACCUCAACAUGGCAAGUUCUUGCAAACUACACUCGAGGAAAGCGGCAAACUCCCCUUCCCCUCCCCGCUGGCGCCCAGGCUGUCGAUUUCCUCCUCAUCCCUCGCUUCUCGCCCCAUUUUGCCGGUGCCCAGGAUCCUAUCGCCGUCAUCACCCUCUUGUCGUCUGGUGAGCUCAUCACAAUGAGCUUUCCCUCUGGAUACCCAAUCAGUCCUACCAAUCAACUUCACCCCUCUGUCUCUUUUGUUCAUCCAUUCGUCACAAAGGUCAAUGUGUCAUGUCUAGAAAGACCUAGAUGGUUGUCCAUGUUUGAGAAGCGUAACCAAGGAGAGCUGCUGGUGAAGGGAGGCGCUGAAGCCCAAAGACCUCGAAAGAGAUACGAAGAGCGCACCAUCAUCCAAGCUGCUCAUGCCGAUAGCACCAUCAGAAUAUGGGACUCUGGUCAUGCCGACGACAUCGAGAACGGGACUCAACUUCAGGUGGAUGUGGCUCGAGCACUCGACCGAUUUGAUGAUAUCGACAUCACAUGCAUGAGCAUGGCACCCAGCACAGGAGAGUUUGUAGUAGGAACACGAACAGGCGAGGCCAUCAUCUUCCGCUGGGGCGGCAACCGCUUCUUCGGCCAAGACAAGCCGCCACAACUUGACCCAAACCCGAAGGGUCUUACUGAUAUCAGUUUGAGGGCUGAACCGGGUCUCAAGGAAGGUCUUCAGCCAGCCAUUCUAUACGAAAUGGUGUCAGGACCCAUCACGGCUGUGCAAGUGUCCAACGUCGGCUUCGUGGCCGUGGGUUCAGAAUUGGGAUUUCUGACAAUCAUCGACCUCAGAGGACCUGCCAUCAUUUUCCAGGCUCCCAUGACUGACUUUGCAAAGCAAGACAAGCGCUCUACCUUCUUGAAGGGUCAUCACCACUCAGCCUCGGAGCCACAAAAGGAGUGGCCUGUCGUGAUCGAGUUUGGCGUCAUGACUUUAGAUGAGGACAAAUAUUCAAGUAUUUGCUGCUUUGUGGGAACAAAUCUGGGCAAGGUCGUCACCUUCAAGCUGCUCCCGGGUCAGGAUGGAACGUAUACUGCUCAGCCAGCGGGCGUCGUCUCCUUUGACGGCAAGAUCAUUUCACUCAGUCCCAUCGAGGCUGAUACUGGAAAGCCAGCCUUUGCUACUGGACCAAUAGUCGCAGGCCUCAGAGAAGGACGCCAAGUCAAUGGCGUGGUGGUAGCAGUUACACAAACCGAGAUUCGCAUCUUCAGACCAGCCAACUCCAAGGGCGCAUCCAAGGAGUUCGACAACAUCCUAUGCGACGCGGCCUGCGUAGCGGAGCUUGAGUUGCAAGGUUUUGCCGUUGUAGGCGUGUUCGGAGACAGAACAGCAAGGGCAUUCUCUAUACCCGGUCUGAAAGAGAUAGGUAAAGCAGACCUGCCCAUGAUGGACGUAAGCCGGAGCACAGCCUCGAUCGUGACCCAGACGGGAGACAUCUUUGCCUGGUCAGGGCCUAGCGAAUUGGCUGUCAUUCACGUCUGGGGCACAGGCAAGGGACCCCAACAGUCGCCCGAUACCAUGAUCAACCCAAAGCUGGAAUGUCCUCCUCGGCCGACCAUCUCCAACCUCCAGUGGAUCUCGGGAACACAAUACAUUUCUCCGACAGACCUGGAUCUACUCGUUGGUGGUCCUGAUCGACCACCAAGCCAGCGGAUGCUAGAUGCAGCUGCCGCUGAGCAACGUGCCGCUAGAACCGGCGAGCCCUUGGCAUCAGGCUCAAAUACCCAAGAAGGGUGGGGAGACUACCUGACAAGGCAGCUGAAUGAGAGGACGGAGAAGCUCAACAUGAUGGGUGACAAUAUGGAGAAUCUUCAGGAACAGAGCGCGGGAUGGGCAAAUGACGUGAACAAGUUUAUCAGCAAGCAAAAGAGGAACGUGGUACUGGGAGGGCUCAAGGGCAAAUUUUUCUAA